CUGCUGAUUUCGUAAGCCGCGGCUGCUGAGGAGGUUCCGCUGGCUGCUGUGUACGCGGCGAGUUACACCUGGUGCGGCCCACUCGGCUCCCACUGCACCCCUCGAACCGGGUCUCAACGCCAACUGCGGCCGGGUAGCCAUCUAAACAUGGACUCCGCCGGCCAAGAUAUCAACCUGAAUUCUCCUAACAAAGGUCUGCUCUCCGACUCCAUGACGGAUGUCCCUGUGGACACAGCGGUGGCUGCCCAGGCUCCUGCUGUCGAGGGUCUGACAGAGACCGAGGCCGAGGAGCUCAGGGCGGAGCUUGCAAAGGUGGAAGAGGAAAUUGUCACUCUGCGCCAGGUGCUGGCAGCCAAGGAGAGGCACUGUGGCGAGCUGAAGAGGAAGCUGGGCCUUUCCGCCUUGGAGGGCCUGAAGCAAAAUCUCUCCAGGAGUUGGCAUGACGUGCAGGUCUCCAAUGCCUACAUGAAAACUUCUGAGAAACUCGGAGAGUGGAAUGAGAAAGUGACCCAGUCAGACCUCUACAAGAAAACCCAGGAAACCCUGUCUCAGGCGGGACAGAAGACCUCAGCGGCCCUGUCCACCGUGGGCUCUGCCAUCAGCCGGAAGCUUGGGGACAUGAGGAAUUCUGCUACCUUCAAGUCAUUUGAGGACCGAGUUGGGACCAUCAAGUCUAAAGUUGUCGGUGGCAGAGAGAAUGGUGGUGACAACCUUCCCUCUCCAACGGGGAGUGGUGACAGACCGUUGCCUGAUCACAUACCUUUCUAAGACUGUAGCGACUUUGCCUGGCCAUGGAAUAAGCACACCCUCAUCGCCACAACUGCAACUUCGAGUGGUGGGUGUGGAGGACAAUUAUGCCAUCCCCAUGGAGACGUGGUCGCCGCACUCGCAUGGGUCAGAGAACACGCCUUGUCCA